AAUUUGUCCAGACGCAAAACAAACCUCCAAACCGAAAGCAACGAAAUGACGGAAGGUGGCGCAUUUUAAGCGCUGAAAUAUAGCCUGCGCUUUCUCUUUGCAGUAUUAAUCCACCAUUUUCCCUCUCUCUUUCUUCCUCUGCUCUAACUCUCUCUGUUUGUUUCUCUACUACCUUCGGUUUCUCUCUCUCUUUCUUGGCCAAGUAACUGUUGGUGGUGAUGGUGGUGUUAGUGGUGGAGGAGGAGCAGCUGACUCAUUCACAUUCCACAGAAGGCGUCAGCAUCAGGGAUUGAAUACCGAGAGAUACAUAUAUUUCUCUCUCUCCAUUUCUCAUUCGCCUGCUCCCUGUUCUCGCCCCCUGUCAGAUCUCUCUUUCUUGAGAUGUUACUGUUAACCUUGUUACUCUGUUCCCCCCUCCCUCUAGUCUAGUCUAAUCUGUCAUUUCCCUUCUGUCCGUUUCUCUCUCUAGGGUUUGGCUCCUUUAAGGCUUGACCUGGUUUUGUUUCAUUUUAUUUAUCGUGUGUCGUUCAUAGUCUCUCGUGCUGGAGAUGCGUCGAAGAAGAACCUUGGUUUUAAGUACUUGAUGAAAAAUGUACCUUAUUUUGUGGUGUUAUAAGAUACAUUAUGAAGAAUUUAAGGCAAUGGGCAGUGGCAUUUGCACCUGGAAAUGAAGGAGAGGCAGCGUUGGAGAGCUGAAGAGGACGCAUUGUUACGUGCAUAUGUUAAACAAUAUGGUCCAAAAGAGUGGAACCUUGUGUCACAGCGCAUGAACACAACCCUAAACAGGGAUGCCAAAUCCUGCUUAGAAAGGUGGAAGAACUACCUCAAGCCUGGUAUAAAGAAAGGAUCCCUUACUGAAGAAGAGCAGCGUCUUGUUAUCCGACUUCAAGCCAAACACGGUAACAAAUGGAAGAAAAUCGCGGCUGAAGUUCCAGGCCGAACUGCUAAGAGACUUGGAAAGUGGUGGGAAGUGUUCAAGGAGAAGCAGCAAAGAGAGCAGAAGGAAAACAACAAGACAGUAGAACCAAUUGACGAGGGAAAAUACGAUAGGAUUCUAGAGACUUUUGCGGAAAAGCUAGUGAAAGAACGCCCUACUCCAGCAUUUGUCAUGGCCACUUCCAAUGGGGGCUUUCUUCAUACUGAUCCCCCUCCUGCACCAACUCUGCUUCCCCCCUGGCUUUCCACUUCCAACAGCACAUCAGCUGUCAGGCCACCCUCCCCUUCUGUAACACUAAGCCUCUCACCUUCAACAGUUGCUGCACCGCCUCCUUCAAUCCCCUGGCUGCAGCCUGAGAGAGGACAGGAGAACACUGCUUUUGUUUUAGGAAGUUUGCCACCCCAUGGAUCAGUCCCUGGUGAGAAUUUGAUGGUAUCUGAGUUGAUGGAGUGUUGCAGAGAGUUGGAAGAAGGGCAUCGUGCAUGGGCUGCACAUAAGAAGGAAGCUGCCUGGAGGCUAAAAAGGGUAGAGUUGCAGCUGGAGUCAGAGAAGUCAUGCCGGAGGAGGGAGAAAAUGGAAGAGAUAGAGUCAAAGAUCAAGGCUCUUAGGGAAGAGCAGAAGGCCUCUCUUGACAGAAUUGAAGCAGAAUACAGGGAACAGCUAGCUGAAUUGAGAAGAGAUGCUGAAACCAAGGAGCAGAAAUUAGCUGAGCAAUGGGCUGCAAAGCAUUUGCGUCUUUCCAAGUUUCUUGAACAAAUGGUGUGCAGGCCAAGGCUUGCAGAGCACAAUGGCCGAUAAGAAAUCUAUGUAUCUGGUCGAAAUAGGUUUAAGGGGUGGCUUGCUGGUUUCGUAAGGGAAGCUUGCUUUUAGGAUGAUUUCUAUUAAUGGAUGUCUACUUACGUUUAAUGUCUGCUUAUGGCUUGGACUGGGUGAAUGUAAGGUAUGGUUAGCUUAACAUUCUAUAUGUGGCAUUCUCUUUUGCAGAAAUAUAUCAUAAUUUUAUUCCAA